UCCUGUUUGUCCACACACACACACACACACACCAGGGGGAGGAGCUCUGCUGAAACACACAGACAACUGAACUCAUGCCUCUUCAAUUCUGAUGGAAGAAUGGAGCGUCUCAGGGUUCUGAUGGUUCUCAGGGUCCUGGUCCUGUUCCUGGUCCUGGGGUCUGUGCAGCGUUCAGAGUGUGUGCAGUGUUUUGCACGUCUAGACCUGGUCCUGGGUCAGUGUGAUGAAGAGCUCGGUGAGGUGGAGGAAGAGGACUGCUGUCAGAAUUCUCAGUACAGUUACCAGGCAACAGACGGAGUGUGUCGUUCCUGUGGUCCUCCAGUGUGGUCUCCCUGGUCGCCAUGGUCACAUUGUAACGUUCUGUGUGGAGCCGGAGUGACGCAGAGAAACAGGAAGUGUUUCGGUAUCGGAGUCUCAGAAUGUGAGAAUCCUAAAGUCACACUGCAGACUAAACCCUGUAACGGCACCUGCUGUGAAGAUAAGGGGUGGGGCUUGUGGCUCAUCUGGUCUCCAUGCUCGGUGACCUGUGGAGGAGGCGGAGUCAGGAGGAGAGAGAGAGUCUGUUCCAGUCCUCCUGAGUGUCGCUCGGCCUGCACAGGUCCUUCAGAGGAGAGAGACGCGUGUGCAACACACACCACCUGUCCAGUUCAUGGUAGUUGGUCCAGUUGGUCCGGUUGGUCUCAGUGUUCAGAUUCUUGUAACAGUGACGUCAUCGUCCCGAAUAGAGAGCGAGGUCGUUCUUGCUCUAGCCCCGCCCCUUCCAAUGACACAGUGCCACCUGGCAACAGUUGCCCUGGAGACGAGAUCCAGGUCCAGAACUGCAGCGAGCUCCCCACCUGUCCAGUGGAUGGCAGCUGGGGGGCAUGGUCUCCACCUGGGCCAUGCUCCACCUCCUGUGGGGAGGGGCUCCAGCUGUCAAUGAGGGUGUGUGAUGGCCCCGCCCCUAAAUAUGGCGGCCGAUUAUGUGAUGGGCCGAGCACUCGGAGCAGCGUCUGUCAGAGUGCCUGUCUUGUGGACGGGGUAUGGUCCGGAUGGUCCAGUUGGGGUGAGUGUUCCAGUUCCUGUAUCCCAGAAGGCCGAGAUUCUAUCAGGUACCGCUGGCGCUCCUGUUCUAGCCCUCUUCCUUCAAUGGACCCGCCCGGCUCAGAUUGCCAUGGUGACGACGUCGAGACAGAAAGCUGCAAAAACCUGCCUCACUGUCCAGUGGACGGAGGUUGGGGGUCUUGGUCCCCCUUCUCUUCCUGUCCUGUUACCUGUGGGGUGGGGCUUCAGGAGUCACUCAGGGGAUGUGAUAAUCCCGCCCCCAAAUCUGGCGGCCGGCCAUGUCCUGGAGAGGGACGUAGAACCAGCAUCUGUCAGAUCAAGUCCCAUUGUCCAGUGGACGGGCAGUGGUCAGAGUGGUCACAGUGGAAAGAGUGUAAAUACCCGUUCGGGGACCGUAACAUUCGCUGUAAGAUGCUCGGCGGCUCUCAGAUUCGAGACCGACACUGUCGCCAUCGAGCUCACAACGGAUCCAUGUGCAGCGGGAACGAUCUGAUGGAGAGACGGGUCUGCUACGACGUCACCGGGUGUUACCUAAAGGGCAGCUGGGACGGCUGGGAGACGUGGAGUUUGUGUUCUUCGUCCUGUGAAGGAGAAUCCAAACGCUUCAGGAGUCGACACUGUAAACCUUUUUACAGCAACUACAAUCCUACCAUUGGUCGUCAGAAGGAGCAGGCGACGUUCUUUGGGAACCCUCUUUCUGACUGCGGUGUAACGCCCGACGGGAAGUCAAAGAUUCAAAUGCAGUCCUGCGUCAACGUUCCUCCCUGCACCGAACAACCAACUCACCGAUGAGUUUAACAACAUGAUAACUCGCUCACUGAUUUAACAACAUCAUCCUUUAACUGUAUUGGGUUAUCCUCGACGUGUACCCAUGUCUGAUCUGUGAUGUAUAUUUAUACAUUUUGGGUACGUUAAAUAAAUAAAUCCUAUCCAUGUUGA